CCGGUCCCAACGCGGGGGGGGGGGGCGGAGCGCCCUGUCCCGCCCCCGGCGCUCCCCCCGUGAUGUCACCGGGCGCACGGGGCCGUCCCGCCCCGGUACCGGCACAGGGCGCGGGGCCGCGCAGAGCAGAGCCGAGCCAUGGCCGGGUGCGGACGGACGCUGCUCGGGGCUGCUGCCCGGUGUCCAGGUCCCCACCGGUCCCCGUGCCCGCAGCCGGCGCAGCCAGCACGGCCGUUCCUCAGCCUGGUGGGCUCCGGUCCCACCGGGUACAGGGAGCAGCGCAUCCUGGGGUAUUCGGCGAAGCAGAUGUACGAGCUGGUGGCCAACGUCGGGGACUACCGGCUCUUCGUGCCGUGGUGCCGCCGCUCGGCCGUGCUGUCCCGCCGCGGCCACGUGCUGCGGGCCGAGCUCGAGGUCGGCUUCCCGCCCCUCCACGAGCGGUACCUCUCCGAGGUGGCCCUGGGGCCCCGGCAGAUCCGGGUAAGCCGUGGUGUUCCCCCCCCCCUUCUUGGGUUUGGGGUUUGCAUCCGGGGGCUGGGGCUCAGCAGAUCGAUGUGGGGAGGGGAGAGCUGGGUGCAGGGGGCACCGGGGGCGAGGGGCUGCGAUGCAGCCCGGAUCCGGAGACCCCGCUCUGCUCCUGUGGAAGGAAAGCUGCCCCCCAUCAACGCUGCCCCUGCCCUAAAACCGCUCCAGCAGGCGUGCAGCCCCGUGUCCCGCCUGCGAGUCCCCUGGCUGACACUUGGGGAUGGGGACGGGGCCGUUUCUGCUGCUCCGCUCGGCGCUGGGUGCACGGCGCCUGGGCUCCCAGCAGCUUUUUGCCCUCCCGCAGGCGGUGAGCAGCGACUGCCGGCUCUUCAGGCACCUGGAGACGCUGUGGCGCUUCGGGCCAGGGCUGCCGGGACGGACGGACACCUGCUCGCUGGAUUUCUCGGUCUCCUUCGAGUUCCGCUCGGCGCUGCACUCCCGGCUGGCCGGGCUCUUCCUGGACGAGGUGGCGAAGCAGAUGGUGGCCGCCUUCGAGGGCCGGGCGUGGGAGCUCUUUGGGCCGCAGGCUGCCGCCCGCCCCGCGCAGCGAGCAGCGCGCCGGGCCUGAGCUCGGCCGGACCCCGCCGUCAGCCCCGCUGAGGGCCUCCCCCUAUUUAUGGCUAUUUAACCACCCCAGAGAUAAGUUAUUUUUUCUAAGCCCCGCUUCUGUUGAACGCUGUCGACACGAGGACCAAACGCCCGUGGGCCAGGCCUGUACGCGGACCGUGCGGACGCUGCUUGUAGUGCUUCGCCAAUAAAACGUGGUGCACGGA